AUGGAAACGGGACGCUAGAAGGUGUGGAACCGUUGACAUUUUCACUUACAUCUCACUCAAGUGAUGUGUCUCCUUCCAUUCAUCGCCUUUAUUUAAAUAAUUUGUUGUAUUAAGUACCUAAAAGUGAAGUUUAUAUAUUCAUGGUCAUACGGGGAAGUCUGUAGAAGUGUACACUAUGUCUCGACGGCGCCCUGGAACAGCAGGCUCAGUGCGAUCUACAUCUGCAAUCAACCCUCUAAGAGUUCGUCCUGGUAGUCGACCAGGUUCUGCUCGUGAGUGGUUUGAGGCUUAUAACCAACGGCGGAAUGAGGAAGCAUGGCGUCUUGAGGAAUGGAAGAACACUGUCAAUAACCUGAAGAAAAAGGAAUGGCAGGCUCAAUACUACACUGCUAUUGCUCAGCCAAAGCACAAAAGCAUUGAUGAAGAAGAGCUUCGUAAGAAGGAGGAGAAGGAGCGCAAACUGGCUGAUAGACGGGCCAGACUCACUCGUCUGUUCCAAGAAGAUGAGAGGCGAUAUCAGGAUGAGAGGGAGCAGAAAUACAGAGAAUCAAGACACAGACCAGUUCACCAUCAUAUUGUUUAUCCUGAGGUGGAGAUGCUGAAGUGUCGCCUAGAUGACCUAAAAAAGAAGAACCUUGAAGAGAGACAGAAAAUGACAGAAUCUCUUUCGUAUGAAGUAUGGAGACGAAACAACCCACAAGUUAGACAAAUGGAGUCUGACCGAUUCAAUCACUUCGUGCAAGAGGCUUGGGUUGACCAGAGGCAGUGGAAGGAGGAUGAAAGGCGGAGGAAAGCAGAGGAAGAACGAAGAGCAGACAUCGAAGCAGCUGAGAGGCAGCGGAAAUUGGAGGAAGAAGAGAAGAAAGCAGAAGCAGAGAAAUUGAAGAAGCAGGGAGAGUGGAAGGUCCAGCUAGAAGCUCAGAUUACGGAAAUUAAGGAGAGAGAAAAACGAGAUGAAUUCCUAAGACAAGAGGAAGUUGCGUUAGAGAGAGAGAAGCUGAGGCUCCAUGAAAUUACCCAACGGAGGCUAAGACUGAAAGACUUAAGGCAACGGAAAGAAUUAGAGUUGUUUUGGGCCAGGCAGUAUCAACUCAAACUGAAGAAAAAAGCGGCAGACAUCCAGCAGGAACUCCAUGAGGACGAGAAUAUCAUAGAGGAUAUAUUAAGAGGGCUUCCAGAAGAUGAAGAUGAGCAGAUGAAGCAUCGAAGAAGUGAGGCUGAAUGGAUGAAAACUGUGCUGGGGGAACAGAGGAAAUUAGAGAGCAUGCGCGAGAAGGAGUACGAACUGCUGUUUAGUGAGGAAGCAGAGGCAAUGUGGAAGAAAAGGCAGGCAGAAUGGGAGAGAGAGCAAAGAGCACGAGACAGACUGAUGGCUGAAGUAUUACAUGGUCUUCAACAACAGGUACAAGAUCAUCAGUCCAGAAAUAUCCGUGAAAGAGAAACACUAGAUUCAGAAAAGGCAAAACUUCAGAGAUCCAUAAUUGACAUACGAGACCAAAUGCAAGACCUGGAAAGGGAUGAGAAGGAGAGAAGAGAGAAACACCACAUGGUUCAGGUGCAGCCAUCACAGAGAAUGAUGCAAGAAGCAGCCUCUCUCAGAAGAGACCGUGAGGAUGAGGAGAGGAAACUGCAGGAACACCGUAGGGAAAUUGCGCGCCUCGAGCAGCAGCUGCAGCAACUAUGGGGCCCACAAUAUGCCCCACCUAAAUAUGGACGUAAGAGAUUUGUCUGGUGAAGGAAGAACACUUGUUAGAAUGAUUUCAUUAUCAUUCUCAAUCAAAGUGUGAUAUCUGGUUUGUUGGAAAUGGGAACGAGUUAGUGUCAUGUCUGCACGACUCCACAUAACUCAUUACUCGCAGAGAUUAUUUGGUGCUGCU